AUGAGCAUUCAGGAGUAUGAAUUAAUUAACGAUGAGCAAGAUGAAGAAAGUUGCUUACAGAGAUAUCGCCAACGCUGCAUGCAGGAUAUGCACCAGAGGCUGAGUUUUGGGCCGAAAUACGGUUACCUGUGCGAGCUGCAGAAUGGGGAACAGUUCCUGGAAGCCAUCGAGAAAGAACGUAAAACCACCACCGUCAUCGUCCACAUCUAUGAAGAUGGCAUCAAGGGCUGCGAUGCUCUCAACAACAGCCUGACCUGCCUGGCGGCCGAGUACGCCACCGUCAAGUUCUGCAAGAUCAAGGCCUCCGACACGGGGGCUGGAGACCGCUUCUCAAACGAAGUGCUUCCCACUCUACUUGUCUACAAGGGUGGGGAGCUUCUGAGCAAUUUCAUUAGCAUUUCUGAACAAUUCAAUGAGGAGUUUUUUGCUGGAGAUGUGGAGUCUUUCCUAAAUGAGUAUGGGCUGCUACCUGAAAGGGAGCUCCCGCUACUGGGAAAUGGCAACCCAGAUGAGCAAGAUGUUGAAUAA